CUUCUCCCCUUGAGCCCCGUCACAGUGUGGCAUUGGGAAGGGAAUCCUCUCCAUGCACUUGCUGUCACAGAAUAUGUAAAUAGGAACCAGGGGUGGACUGACAACUCAUGGGGCACCCGGGCAAUAGAGGAUCAUGGGGCCCCUGUGUCCUUGCCCAAACUCAGAAAAGCCUAUGAAAAAGGUACCAGGGGCAUCUCAUGGGGCCCCCUACUGACACCAGGCCCUCGGGCAGUGCCUGAGUUUCCAAAUGGUCACUCUGCCCCUGAUCACAACUAC